CAGAGCAAAGAACGAGUGGAAGUACAAGUGCAGGUCUCUCCAGAACAGGACCUCCACGCUCCCUCUGUAGCCUCUUGUAAACGACAGAGGACAGUUGUUUUGUUGCAGAGACGGUGAAGCCAUGUUCUACUUCCACUGUCCGCCCCAACUUGACGGAGAGUGCUGUCGCACCAAUACAUUGAACUCCAGCGGCUUUGCCAACCACGCCCCAGCUGAUUUUGAUGAUGGGUUCCUCCGCAGAAAACAACGCAGAAACAGAACAACUUUCACACUGCAACAGUUGGAGGCCCUGGAGGCUGUGUUCUCCCAGACGCACUACCCUGACGUGUUCACGCGCGAGGAGCUGGCCAUGAAGAUCAACCUGACCGAGGCGCGUGUGCAGGUCUGGUUCCAGAACCGAAGGGCCAAGUGGAGGAAGACAGAGAGGGGCAGCGCGGAGCCCGACGGGGGCAAGGAGCAGAUGAGGGAGGGGACCCCCCCGUCACGCGGCCUCAACUCCCAGUCCCCCGGGGACCCGGGGCGCAAGCAGAAAGAAUCCCUCGAAAUGCAGCAGAGCAUCAACCGCACAGUGGCUCCCGGGGGGCCCUUCUUCCCCUCCUGCCUGCCGGGAACCCUCCUCAACUCUGCCACCUAUGCCCAGGCCUUGUCUCAGGUCGCCACUCUCAAAGGAAGUGGCCUGUGCUCCUGCUGCGUUCCCGACCCGAUGGGCCUGUCCUUCCUGCCGCCCUACGGUUGCCAGGGGAACCGCACGGCGAGCGUGGCCGCUCUGCGCAUGAAGGCGCGCGAGCACUCCGAGGCCGUGAUGCAGUCGGCCAACCUGCUGGGGGCCAUGUCCGCCGGGCCUGGGGCCGGAGUAGGAGCCCUGUCCGGGGUUGGGCUCUCCUCCGGCGGGGUGGCCAGGCCCGCCGUCGGGCCUCCCGUCGGGCCUCCCGUCGACGUCUCCUCCGGGGCCCUGGGCAGAGGUGGAGGAGGGGACUCUGGCCCCAGCCCCGGCCUGGGGAACAAGAGCUCCAUGCAGGGCAACAGUCCUGACAAACACCCUCACUGUCCCAAGGACCCGCUGGAGAAGAAGUGAGGAGCUGACAGCGUCAGACUGCGGCGGACAUGGUGGCCGUUGUGGAUGUACCGAUAGCCUAAAGGUUUUUCCGUGUGAUCGUGCCUGCGCUCUCUAGUCUGCUCCUUACAAGCCAAGCACAAAACAUUUUGACUGACUGCUGAAACAGCCUGGGAACUGAAACACUAUUGCUCAUGUUAAUGUAUGGAUUUAAAACUUUGAGAGUAUUUAUUUGAAUGUAAAGUAUUAUUGUUUGUUAUGUUGAAUACUUACUACUUGGGGCUGUGGUGUCCCCUUAAAAAGCACAAGUGUGGUUGUGGAACUAUUUACACUUUUCUUGGACUCUUCGUGGGCAAUAUUUGAAAAAUAAACGGCCUUGCUUCGUGUGCGAUGUGA